AUGUGUACGUGCUUGAAAGGGUGUCUUGCUGGGUUUCCGACAAGUUCUCUUGCGAAGACUUCGCAAUGUUACCCUACGCUGCCACGCUCUCUCCGAUUCACGAUCUCCUCCAAAAAACUCAUCUUGGCAACAUGCGCCUUCUUCGUCUCCCAUUCUUGCGUUGGUCAUCAUUCUAACGGCUUACAAAGUGCCAAUCCAUCUAAGCACCCUCACCAUCGCCAUUACGUGUAUUCAAGUUUUGCACCCAAUUUGCAGCGGUCAGCUUCUUCUCGAAUCUCAAGACUGACCCUAGUUCGUCGCGCAACUUGA